GACUUACGACUGGGUCCCAGACGCCGGCGAGCUGACGCGGCUCUCGCAGUCCUGUGGAACAGACCCUGCAGGUAGAGUGGCGCUUACAACGCAGCUCACUGAAUCUCUUGACAAAGCAUGGUCGGGAGUCGAAGGUCGCAAUACACCUCAAGUCAUGGCCCUGGAAGGGAUGCUGCGCGCCUCCCUUCUGUGGAUUGUCAAGACUUCACGCGCGGUAGGAGACAGCUGCUCGAAAGGUUCCGCAGUCAAACCGCACCAUGACUGGAAUUCUUCAACACCGCCCAAAAAGUGCAGGUGCUGCGGUCUGGAGUAUGCAUCGCGCCAGGCAAUAGGCGGACACUGCAGAGCGAUCGAUGAAGCACUCCGAGAGCUCUUUCAACCAGACAGAUCUCUUUUGGGUCAUCUGGGAGGCCGACCUUGAACUUCAAGAAGACAGCGAGCAGCGACGUGCGCGCCUCCAGACUGACACUUACGACCCUUCACAUGAGCAUGGCUUUUCACAACACAUUGAACA